UGCGGGUCCGGGCCUUCGGGCCGGCCUGGAGGUGAAGGGGGCACGCCCGAGUCCUUGGAUGUGCUAAGGACCCUCGGUGGCCCCCGCAAUAAACGCAUCCCGAUUAGUUCUUCGGUGUUCUGGAUUAGUUCAGAACGCAGAAAGGAAAAAUCAAGAGAUGCAGCCAGAUGCCGAAGAAGCAAGGAAUCCGAAGUGUUCUAUGAACUUGCUCAUCAGCUGCCUCUCCCACACACCGUGAGCGCACACCUUGACAAAGCCUCUAUUAUGAGACUGACCAUCAGCUACUUACGAAUGAGAAAGCUGCUAGAUGCUGGUGAGCUGGAGACAGAAGCCAAAAUGGAGAAGGAGCUGAACUGUUUUUACUUAAAAGCUCUUGAUGGAUUUGUCAUGGUUCUCUCUGAAGAUGGGGACAUGAUUUACAUGUCUGAAAAUGUGAACAAGUGUAUGGGACUCACUCAGUUUGAGUUGACGGGGCACAGUGUAUUUGAUUUCACUCAUCCGUGUGACCACGAAGAGCUGAGAGAAAUGCUUACACACAGAAAUGGUCCUGUGAAAAAGGGCAAAGAGCAGAACACGGAGCGCAGCUUUUUUCUCAGAAUGAAGUGUACACUGACUAGCAGGGGAAGAACAGUGAAUAUUAAGUCUGCUACAUGGAAGGUACUCCACUGCACUGGACAUAUUCGUGUGUAUGACACAUGCAGUAAUCAGACUCACUGUGGCUACAAAAAGCCUCCCAUGACAUGUUUGGUGUUGAUCUGUGAACCUAUUCCUCAUCCAUCAAACAUUGAGGUCCCCUUGGACAGUAAAACGUUCCUCAGUCGUCACAGUCUUGAUAUGAAAUUUUCCUAUUGUGAUGAAAGAAUUACAGAGUUGAUGGGGUAUGAGCCAGAGGAACUCUUGGGUCGUUCAAUUUAUGAGUACUAUCAUGCGCUGGAUUCUGAUCAUCUGACCAAAACACACCAUGAUAUGUUCACAAAAGGGCAGGUGACAACAGGACAGUACAGAAUGCUUGCUAAACAAGGUGGCUAUGUGUGGGUUGAAACUCAAGCAACUGUUAUAUACAACACUAAGAAUUCUCAGCCACAGUGCAUAGUAUGUGUAAACUAUGUGUUGAGUGGCAUUGUUCAGAAAGACUUGAUUUUUUCCCUCGGACAAACUGAGUGUAUGCUGAAACCGGUGGAGUCUCCUGAUAUGAAAAUGACCAAAAUAUUCAGCAAAGCUGAACUGGAGGAUACCAACAGCCUCUUUGAAAAACUUAAACAGGAACCAGAUGCUUUAACUGUGCUAGCCCCAGCUGCUGGAGACACAAUUAUCUCCUUAGAUUUCAGCAGCAAUGAGUCUGAUGAACAACAAUGUGAUGAAGUUCCUUUGUAUAACGAUGUAAUGCUCCCCUCAUCCAGUGAGAAAUUGCAGAAUAUAAAUAUGGCAAUGUCCCCACUGCCUGCCUCUGAAACUACAAAGCCACUUCGUAGCAAUGCUGAUCCUGCACUCAAUAGAGAAGUUGUAUCAAAGCUGGAGCCAAACACAGAGCCACUAGAACUUUCUUUUACCAUGCCUCAGGUGCAAGAGCAACCAACCAGCCCUUCAGAUGCAAGUACCAGCCAAAGUUCACCUGAGCCCAGUAGUCCCAAUGACUAUUGCUUUGAUGUGGAUAAUGAUAUGGCUAAUGAAUUCAAACUGGAAUUAGUGGAGAAACUCUUUGCGAUAGAUACAGAAGCAAAAAAUCCGUUUUCUACUCAGGAAACUGAUUUAGACUUGGAGAUGUUGGCUCCUUAUAUCCCAAUGGAUGAUGACUUCCAGUUACGCUCCUUUGAUCAGCUAUCUCCACUGGAAAGCAGUUCUUCCAGCUCUCAGAAUGCAGCCACCAUUACUAUAUUUCAGCAGACUCAGACACCAUCAAAUACUGCUGAUGAAAUAAAACCCGUGACAGAACACGUGGAUGAUGUGAAGACACUAAUUGUUCCUUCAUCUCCUGUCCACGUAAUCAGCGAAACGAGUAGUGCCCCAGCAUCGCCAUAUGGUGGGAACAGGAGUCGAACUGCCUCUCCAAUCAGAGUAGGAAAAGGAACAUUGGAUCAGACGGAGAAAUCUUGUCCAGCAGCACCCAGUUUGCUAACAGUCACUCUGAAUAAAAGAUCUACUGCAAUGGAUGAAGAACUAAAUCCAAAGAUGCUAGCUUUGCAUAAUGCUCAGAGAAAACGAAAAAUGGAACAUGAUGGUUCACUUUUUCAGGCAGUUGGAAUUGGGUCUUUAUUGCAGCAGACAGGUGAUCAUGGGGCAAAUGCAUCACUUGCUUGGAAACGUGUAAAGGGAUGCAAAACAAAUGGUCAUAAUGGAGUGGAGCAAAAGACAAUCAUUCUACUAUCAACUGACAUAGCAAGUAAACUUCUAGGGCAGUCGAUGGAUGAGAGUGGACUACCCCAACUCACAAGUUACGACUGUGAAGUAAAUGCUCCCAUACAAGGCAACAGAAACCUGCUACAGGGUGAAGAACUGCUCAGAGCUCUGGAUCAAGUUAACUGAGCUUUCAUAAUACUUGUUCCUUUUUUGGACACUGGUGAAUCAUCACCUAAAGCAGUCUAUUUAUAUUUUCUAUAUCUGAUUUUAGAAGCCUGGCUACAGUACUGCACUAAUUCAGUUAGUUCAGUUUUGAUCCCCUUUUUACUUACUUUGACAGUCUUUUUAAUGUGUUCUUUAUGUAACAAUAACUCAACCUGUAGUGCAUUUUUAUAAUUCUUUGGUACAUAUACUUUAAGUCCAUUACAUUUAAAACACACUUGCAAUAGCAGCUUUGAAAUAUGCACCUGAUUCUAAAAAAAGUAUUUAUUUUUUGGCUGGGGAGUUGGUCACCAAAACUUAUCAUUAGUAAAAUGUCAACACAGGAAAAACUGGCAAUACUUCCAUCCUGCUCUUCAUAAGUAAUUGGAAGACUUGUGCUCUCUUACUCUUUAUGUUCAAAUAAGUUUUAUUUUAAUAAUUUUUAUAAGAAACAACAAUGCUUUGCAGCAGUGCAUUGUAGCCACAGUCGCACAAUAUAUUUUCUUAAAAAAAUACCAGCAGUUCCUCAUGCAAUAUAUUCUGUGUUUAUAAAAACUAGUUUUUAAGAAGAAUCUUUUUUGUUUGCCUACGAAAUCAUGUUUAAACCUGGAUUAUGUCAUUAUUUUAGUCAUGUUGUAAUAUAAAUUGUUCUUAAAUGCUGUCUUAUGCUUUUGACUUAAAUGAGUGUGAUUAGUCAAAGGGAAAGGCUUUAUCUGGAAAGGGCUAGCAGCAUUUUUAUUUGGAUACAUUCUCAAUUUAGAGAGAGAGUUUGUUCUUAAAGUAGUCACUUUGCCAGCUUAAAAAAAAAAAAAAAUCCCUGCCUGUAGUUGUUGAAGUUAAUGCUAAUAUUGUGUAUGAUCUUAAAUCUAAAUGUUCAGCUUACCCUCUGUGGUAUAGGUGAUAUUUCAAGCGGAUUGUAAAACAUCAUGCAUUGUUAGCAAAGUUUUAUCUAGUACAUCAUUGAGUUGCUCGAUAUUUUGAUGUUUUGGUUUUAUGCACCUUGUUGCUAUUAACAUCCAUGUUUUCAUGUAGAUUUCAAUAACUUGAAUAUACUUAGAAGCCUUUUUAUUUAGAAAUAUAUAGUUGGCACAAACAUCUUAUUUUCCUAUAUGUACUGUACAAAAUCUUCAUUCACUCAUUCUUUUGCUCUUUGUGGUUGGAUCUAACACUAACUGUAUUGUUUUCUUACAUCAAUAAACUAUAUGUGGACCAGGCCCCCUUGGGGAGUGUGUUAUCUGAGAGAAAUGAGAUAAUUUAUAUUUUUGUUAGUGGUUAUUGUUCAUCAGUGUUCCCUUUUUAACUUAGAGUUGAUUGGAAAUCAUUGCUUCCUUACAUUGACCUUAACAUCUCCAAGUUAAUUACUUUAGUGAUGAAUAGACUCAAGUCUCCUAGACAGUGUUGUACUACAGCUGGCCAAAGAUGUUAAACAAAUUUUUAAACCAGUUAUUACACCAGUUAGCAUACUUGAAAGUGAGAGGACAGUGUAUUUGUGUUCUUUUAGAGUGGAAAGAUUCUUCUUAUGAAGAGCUUAAAGGCUUGUCUCUGGAAGCACUAUCAAGGUAACACUGGAAAGCAGGAAAACUAAAAAUUCCCAAGACUGAUCAAUUAAAGAUAGAGGGGUUUUGUUUGUUUGUUUUUUGUCUUUGUCACAAAAACUGCUGAUGAAAAAUGAAGCUGGUACUCAAUGAUAAAGGAAGCUUGUUCUCAACAUCCUUGUGCUGUUGGCUCAGUAACUUUGCCUAGGUGACUUUUCUCAUUUGGCAGUCUUAAAAUGUGACGCUACUGAUACAACCUUGUAAUCUAUAAAUACAGUCAAGAUAUUCUGUGCACUCUUCAAACUAUUGAUUUCUCUUGCACUGAAAUAUUUCUUAAGUGUGGAGUGUCUUUCCACAGGAUUUAUUUUGGCCAUGGUUAAAUUCCUUCCUGAAAUUAAUUUGCUGUAACAAAUUAAGACAUUGAUACUUCUUAGUUUUUCUAAAAUUUAAGCACUGACAUAUCCAUAUCUGAAAAUGGGAAUUUGUGUCAUUAGACUCCUUUGAGAAUUUUAAAAUCAAUAUAAUGUUACAUAAGUGUAACCCUUUUUUAAAAUAACCUUUAUUGUUCACUAAGAGAAGCAUUUGUCAAAUUGAGACAAUUAUUGAAAUAAUAGUCCCCCCAUUUAAACUGCCUACUUAAAAUGCCUUAUUUAAUGGAGGUAAGGCAUGGGUAGCAGAAUAUGGUUGUGUGCAUCUUAGAGUAGAAUUUGUGUAAAGAGAGGGGAAGGCAUGCAGGUGCCCCAAGCCAGAGCUCAAGCUUUGUGCAGAGAACAUGUUUUGAAUAUACACAGCUGCUACUGCGUAUUAAAGACUUGUCAUGCACAACCCUUACACGUCUGAAGCUUAGAAAUUUCUCUGGAUGAAAGCAACAGAGCUACUGCCUACCUGCUAUGUAAGGACCUUUGUAUGGCAUGUGUUUCAUGGACUCUUUUCCUCUAUCUGCAGUAGAGGAACUUUUAGUAGUGAAGUUCUUAAAGGCUUGAGAAAAAUGUCAGCUGGCAGGAGGAACCCUUUUAUGCUUAACUCUGUGUCGAUUAAGGUGGUGCUUCUGUGAGACAGUGAGGAGAGUCUUGCAGACAUAUUAAAGGGAGGAGUGAGUUCACCUUUUCUUACUCCUCCAGGAAGCUCUUGAGCUGGCCUCUUGGGUUACCCUUUUCAUCUCUCAAUAGAAAACAUAUAUCCUCCAAUUUGAUAGUAGCUCUGUUACUCUGUGGACUUUAUUGUGGAUGUCCUGACCUCUUAAAAACUGACCUAUUUGGAACUGUAAAUACUUCCUCUAAUGUGCUCUAAUUUAGGUGGGCAGCGAGUUACCUGAGAGAAAAUCCAUAUUACAAGAAGGAGAAAAACUUAACCAUAAAUCACAUGCUGGUCACUUUAUGAGCCAGCUGGAAUCAUCUCUGGUUUUAGUGAUAGCAGCCGUGAAUUUAAAUAAGCACUAUUUCAUCUAAGGAUCUUCCCAACUCAUAUACAUUUUCUAUUAUAUUAACCAGGCAUAGCAUUUUGAUUACUGUCCUGGUGAAAGUGGCUGAAAUAAAUAAUUCUUAGAGUGAACUGCAGUAGACCUAUGGAGUUUAAUCCUUGGGGGGGGAAUUAAAAUUGAAACCUAACUUCUAAAAUAUACAAAGAUUCUUCAAGGAUUUCUCCCUCUCCCUGCCCAGGUAAUUCUUAGAAUAAUUAUUAGAACCUGCCAAAUCUGGCCUUAUCCUUGAAGUUAUGGCUGCAAUAAAUCCUGGAAGAGAAGAAUAAUUAUUUGGUGUAAACACUUAAAAACAAACAAAAAAA